CCCACCAGCCCCGCGGGCUUUAUUUCAGAGCACGGAAUGAUUUACGGUAUAAAAAGACGAAAAGCGAUUCAGGAACCUGCCCAACGGGUAGCCUUUGGUUAUUUGUAAAGCAGAAAAGAAGCGGGGCGUUUGGCACUAGCCCUCUUAUAUGCGUAACGACGCCUGAUGCUUGGAGAGACGCAGAUUCGGGCUCACCGCGCGCAAACGCCCACAUCCUCAAGUCGGCUCUGAUUUCUUUAGGUGAAUGAAAGUUUCCUAGCAGGGGACGGCAGAAGAGAUGAUAUCUGACCAGGAUGAGUCGGAAAGGUGAACUUAAAUAAGCAAAAGUGCGCGUCAACCACCUGUUAUAAAUCAGCGCGAAAUGGGCAUGCUUAGUGUGGACCUCCUGGUAACUUUGCAGAUCUUGCCUGGUUUCUUCUCCAACUGCCUGUUUUUCGUGCUGUAUGAUUCGAUAGUGCUGGUUAAGCGUGUGGUGUCACUCCUGAGCUGCUCGGGCUCAACGGGUGAGUGGCAGCGCAUGUUAACCACAGCCGGCGUGCGCUCCAUAUGGAACAGCUUUUUGCUGGAUGCCUACAAACAGGUGAAGCUAGGCGAGGCUGCUCCAAACUCCAAGGUGGUGAAGGUCCCCGGCAUCAACAGACGCUGGAGCAUCAGCGGUAAGACCCACAACGAGUGCCACCUGCUGGACUUCGAGUCUCCAGACCGCCCGUUAGUGGUCAACUUUGGCUCGGCCACUUGACCCCCCUUUAUAAGCCAGCUGCCGGUUUUCCGGCGGAUGGUUGAGGAAUUUUCGGAUGUGGCAGACUUCCUGCUUGUCUACAUAGAUGAGGCUCACCCCUCAGACGGCUGGGUGGCUCCUCCCAUGGAGCACUUCUCGUUUGAAGUGAGGAAACACCGUAAUCUGGAGGAGAGGAUGUUUGCUGCCCGGACACUUCUGGAGCAUUUCUCCUUGCCUCCUCAGUGCCAAUUGGUGGCCGAUUGCAUGGACAACAAUGCCAACGUAGCCUACGGUGUGUCCUAUGAGCGGGUUUGCAUCGUACAGAAGAAUAAAAUCGCUUACCUUGGGGGUAAGGGUCCAUUUUUCUACAACCUUAAAGAUGUUCGGCACUGGCUUGAGAAGAGCUAUGGAAAGCGAUAAUUUCUUGGAAAAAAAGAGGUCAAAAUAGCCUUUUCUGUGAAUGGUAAAAUAUUUUAUUUUUGUAUAACAGAGAGAAAUUGAGGGUAAGGUGCUUUUUGAACUGUUUAACAGUAGCUCUGGUGGAAACACUUGGGCUGGGCUCCAAGUCAUUUUCUUGAAUUGUCUAAAAUGAUCAGCAGGUGUCCUACAUUCCUAACCACUUAAAAAGAAAAAAAUGAAAUGAAUAUAGACACUAAAUACUGACCAUGUGGUUUGCACUUCAAUUUUGAGAUUACAUUGUUGCCAGCAAAACAAUUUGUAGAUGCACUAUUAAUAACUUGUUCCUUUGCGAUUAAUGUAGAGUUAAAGUGUGCAAUAUUUUUGUGCGACAUAUAUUGCUUACAAAAGAAAACCAAAUUGCUGAACAGAAGAGAAAGCACAAGUACCCAGCUUUUUUAUGAAAAGAGAAUAAUUUAUUUUUUAUUGACAUUCAAUGUUUAUUUUAAUAUGUGGCCUGUUUAUGCGCUUGUAAUGCUUUCCCUUCCUCUCUUAAACUGACAAUCGUUCAUAUUCCAUGUGCCAUCAGCUUUCACAUCACUGAUACACUGUUCAGUUCAUUUGCACCAGUUAAUAAAAGCAUCCUCAGCAUCCCAUUACGAAAACUACUAAUGCUAGUCAUUCGGUCUGUAUUGUACUUAACAAUCACAACAAUCUCACUGCUCAUGAUAAACCAGGAAGAUUAAAGGAAAAUCGUCCCAGCAGCCUCAGCCUCUGGGCUUAGUUCGGACACUUGCCUUUACUGCAGUGUACAGGAAAGCUGAUGAAAACUCCUGAAUGUUAGAGAAAUGUUUUCGAAUGUCGUCGACGGUGACUCUAAUGGAUCCGCAGUCGCUCAUUUGGGUCAAUACGGCGCUGGUGUGCACAUGAAAAUCACAGACGAAAUGGUCCCCUGUCCUGUCUGUGGUUGGAUGAGAGACCACACCUCUCUGUCCUGAUCCAAAUGGGCAUGACUGCUAACAUGCUGAAACAAUCACUCUGAAUCACUAUGAAGGCUUUGAGUUUUGUUUCACAGAACUGUUCUCAUGUACUACAGCCGUCCUCUUCCUUUUAAUGAGAAAAAGGCAAGAAACAAUAAAGUUGAACUGCUGCUGACUUCGA